ACUACCUCACUGCGUUGAUAUCGACGACUUGCUCACUCUAACCAUCCUCCCCAAAACCGCGAAAAGACUUGAAAAGUCUUACUUUCUAAAAAGAUGGGCCAACGUUUCACUCUCAGAGGGAAAUUAUUAAACCCUCGGUUUCAUAUAGUCUAAAGGGAAAGUUAUCGGUGCUGACCGUAAUGUCGGCUGCCGCUCCUCCUCCGGGGGUCACCGUCAUCCUCGGUGCCCAAUGGGGUGACGAAGGAAAAGGCAAACUCUCCGACAUUCUCGCUGCCGAGGCCGACCUCUGCUGUCGUUCAGCCGGAGGGAACAAUGCUGGGCACACAAUCGUCGUCAGGGACGAAGCUACGGGAAAGAAGACCAGUUACGCGUUUCAUACGUUGCCUUCAGGGUUGAUCAACCCGAAGUGUGUGGCGUUUAUUGGGAGUGGGCUGGUCAUCAAUAUCCCGAGCAUGUUUGAGGAGUUGGAUAAUAUCGAGGCUCAGGGCCUCGACUGCACCAACCGUCUCUUCAUCUCCGACCGAGCCCACCUCGUCAUGGGUUUCCACCAGAUCGUCGACGGGCUCAAAGAGAUCGAACUCGGAGGUUCCAGUAUCGGGACCACCAAGAAGGGGAUCGGACCAGCUUAUUCGUCUAAAGCUUCGAGGAGCGGAUUACGGGUGCAUCAUCUGUACAGUCCGGAUUUUGCCGAGAAGUUUAGGAAGUUGGUAGAGGGCAGGUUUAAGAGGUAUGGGACGUUUGAGUAUGAUACGGAGGCUGAGAUUCAGAAGUAUUUGAAACUCGCCGAACGUCUCCGCCCGUACAUCGUCGACGGCCCGGCCUUCCUGCACAAAGCCAUCCAGCAGAACAAACGCAUCCUCGUCGAAGGCGCCAACGCUCUCAUGCUCGACCUCGAUUAUGGGACUUACCCUUACGUCACCUCGUCGGCCACCUCGAUCGGAGGGGUUUGUACGGGGUUGGGUAUCCCACCGACUAUUAUCAAGAAGGUUAUUGGGGUCAUCAAGGCGUACACGACGAGGGUUGGGGGUGGACCUUUCCCUACCGAGCAACUCAACGACAUUGGCGUCCAGCUGCAAGAAGUCGGCGCCGAGUGGGGUGUCACGACCGGUCGAAGGAGGAGGACGGGUUGGCUCGACCUCGUCGUCAUGCGUUAUUCGACCAUGAUCAACGGGUACACCUCGCUCAACUUGACCAAGCUCGACGUGCUCGAUGGGUUCAAGGAGAUCAAGGUCGCCACCGGUUACAAGAUUGAUGGGAAGGAGAUCGAAGGUUUCCCUGCCGACCUUGACCUCCUCGCCAAGGUCGACGUCGAAUACGCCACCUUCCCCGGGUGGGAAUCCGAUAUCUCGGAAUGCACCACUUUCGAAUCCUUGCCGGAUAACUGUCAGAAGUACGUCAAGUUCAUCGAGGACUUCCUCGGGGUCAAGGUCGAAUGGAUCGGGGUCGGACCGGCUAGGCAUUCGACCAUCAAGUGUUUCUAGACUAGACUCAGCUUGUCGGAGUCGGGGUUUGGGUUAGAUCACUUGAAAUUUGCGGCUGGGGGGAAAGGCAAGAAGAGGUCUCGGUCCAUCCGGUCGAAGGGGUAUAUAGCGAUUUUAGACCUUCCUGGUAUUUUGUAGAUAUCCAGGCUGGGAUGGCCUCGUUGUAUGUCGUUUGAACAUUGGAUGUCAUCGAGAUCCCGUCUAUGUGUAUGUGUUAUUCGCUGCGG